UCAAAAGGACAACAAACUGUUGGUGAAGAUACGGUGGUAUUUGGGAACCCCUGUCAGGAUCAACAAGAAGCCAUUAGCACGAUGAGGCAACUGCUCUCAUAAAAAAGCAAGAAACCAUGAGGAUCCAAACUAAUCUCAUCUCGCUUGCCGUCGCUGUGGUCGCUACCGAGGCUUUUGUGGUAGUGCCUCACCGAGCUACCGGUAUCGUUACAACUCUGGUGGGCCCUGUUCACACUGCAAGCAGCAACGAAUUUGAGGAAGGCGAUACCCUGGCUCGACUGCAGCAGGACUACAAGCGAUUGCAAGAAAAGCUCUUGUGCGACAUUGUCCUCAAACACGAUGCCGAGGAAGAGCGACACGUAGAAGAGGAGAUGAUUGAGAUUUUGGCUCGUGCGACCAUGGUGCACGAAGAUAAGCAGGUGGAGAGAAUCCACGAAGCACAACACGAGUUGGAGCACGCCAAGAAGGAACGUUUGCAGGCUCACGUCCUCAAGAAGAAGGCUCUUAGAGAUGGCUUUUCUGAGAACCACAUGAACGCGGCCUUGGAAGAUUUGGGUCGAUUGAACGAUUUGGAGAUCCAUUGGAAAAUGGAAGAGUUGGAAUCGAAGAACAAACUUGAUGCCGCCAUGGUCCUCUUGGAGAACCUUCAGGUGAACGAGGCCAAUUUGUUGGAUGCUUUAGACAAGCUCAAGGACGAAGAUACUAGUGUGCGCCAGGUGCAAGCUUCCAAGCACACGUCCUUCCUCCACCAUGUGCAAGAUGCCAUUCGUUCUCAUCCCGAGUUGACUUUCUUGGAUCCUCACAUCUUGUAAUCUACUUCACUUAUUAUUGGUUGCUUGCUACCGGUAGGCGAGCACUGUGUUGCUUGAUCAAUAUUGAGUUUACUGAUUAGUGGUUUGGUUCCCCCAACUGUUUGUACUCAGCCUGAGUCUGCACUCAACCUAGCGAGCUAAGGGUAUCUUUAGGACUGGCACACAUAUAUGCUGUC